AGAAUUGUUUUCGUAGAGACCAAGCUGCGCUAUAUUUGUAUAUAUAUAUAUAUGAAAUUAAAUUAAUAAAUUAACUGUACACUAUUUGAAGAUCAGAAGGAAAGGAAUGGCGAAUUUUGGCGAAGGAAGAAGAAGAGGAACCGGAGGCAUGCUCCCGCUCCUAGCGAUCAGCACCGUCGCCGAAUACUACAGACUGCCGUGGAAACCGCCGGUCACAGCAGGUCUAUUAGCCGCGAACACUCUCGUCUACCUCAGGCCCGCGUUUCUCGAUCCCCUUAUCCCUCACAUCAGCGAGGUCUGGUUCAAUCCAAACCUCAUCCUCAAGCACAAGGAUUUGAGACGCUUCUUUCUAUCAGCGUUCUACCAUCUCAACGAGCCUCACUUGGUCUACAACAUGAUGUCUCUCCUCUGGAAAGGUAUCAAGCUGGAGACGUCCAUGGGAAGCACACAGUUCGCUUCCAUGGUCGUUACGCUUCUCGGCAUGUCGCAAGGAGUGACGUUGCUGUUGGCCAAGUCUCUCCACGUCUUCUUUGACUACAGGAGAGCCUAUUACCACGAGUACUCUGUUGGAUUCUCGGGUGUGCUGUUUGCUUUGAAAGUUGUUCUCAAUUCUCAGGCCGAGGAUUACACCAGUGUCUACGGGGUGCUGGUUCCGACGAAGUAUGCUGCUUGGGCUGAGCUGGUGCUGGUGCAGAUGUUUGUGCCGAGGGCUUCGUUUCUUGGGCAUUUAGGUGGGAUUCUUGCGGGGAUUCUUUACAUGAAGAUGAAGAGUUCUUCUUACUCGGGGUCGGAUCCUGUGGCUAUGGUGGUUAGAGGUGUCGCUAGAGCGGUGACGUGGCCGUUGAGGUUUCUGAACGGUUUGGUUGGGUCUCGGAGGAGGAGGAUUACUGGGAGAGGGAGGGUGGGGAGAGGUCAGAAUGGGAUUGCAGGGGCUGGUAUCUGGAGAUGCCAGUCGUGUACUUUUGAUAAUUCUGGUUGGGAAAGUGUUUGUGAGAUGUGUGGCUCGGGACGGAGUGGAGGAAACAGAUGGUCGGUGAACCAGGGACAGGCACAUUCUUCUUCGUCUUCUUCUAGUGAUCUUCCGUUAGAUGAGCUGCGGCGUCGGAGACUAGAGAGGUUUAGUUAAAUCUCUGGAGCAUUCUUAGAGCUGAGGAAGAGUUGUGAAUGAAGGAAGCUUAAGCUGAGUCAUCAAUUGCAUUAGCUUAUGAAUAGAGUGCUUCAAUCUGUCUUCUCUUCUGUUGAAGAUUUGGUUCUAUGUGUAUGGGUCCUUAUUGGAAGUGAGUGUUCUUGUACUUGUGUCUAAUUCGAGGGAAAAUACUGAAUCUUUCUUAUGAAAUUAAGUGCUUAUAGGAAGAAAAAAAACAAUGUUUCUUAUAGUGGAGUUACACAUAGUGUUGGCAUAAUGAAUAUGUGACUAGUUUUACAAACUUAA